UUUCGUCAUUUUGGCGCGAGAAGUGUAUUCUUUGCCGCGACCAACACCGUUCCUUAGGAAUCACCAGUUUUUAUGAACACUGUUAGUAUAUAGUAUGUAAAUCAAGAUCCUACUAUAGAAAGCUUCGCCGUUAUAGCAUCGUGUUAUGCAGAUACUCUUAAUCCUUUAUAUGCCGUAGAUGACUUUUAGUUUGAACUGUGUCAUUUUUUGGUUGGGAAUCAAGUAAGCGACUUACAAAGAAGCACAGUUGUUUGUUUUCAGGAUGGACAGGAAAACAAAAACAGCGACCAUGUCUUUGGAUAAAGAUCAACCUCUACCCAUGUCAGCUCUGCAGCUUAUCGCUCCACCACUGCGGCUUUUGUCUGCGGCUAUGUGGAAGGUGUUGCUGCAGAGAGAUGCAGUGCAUUAUGGGAAGGUGGAAGAGACUAUAACAUCACUCUGUGAGACUGUACCUGGACUGCUCGAUUACAGACAUCAGGCCAGGCUGACUAUGGGUUUGAGGGCCCUGAUGAUCUUGGAGGAGCUUCGCCAGUCAGAUCCUCCAGAUGCUGAGCUUGUCCUUCAGGAAUUGAAGAAGAUGCAGAUGUCAUCCCCCAUUCCUAAUGGAAAGAGAAAGGAUCAAAAAGUGGAGGAAGCAAAACGCAACUUUCAAACCCUGGUCCGGUCUCUCUUAAAAAAUCCAUCGUCCAGAAAGCAGUUCUUCAAGGAGGAUUUUCAACUUCACUAUGGAGGAAACUAUGUGGCCAGUCUAGAGAAGUUAAUGUGGGAGUUUCUAAUCCGACUGGAUCAGCUAUUACCUGUUCCAGAUCUUGCGCAGACAGUGUCAUGGCUCAGUGCUGCCCCUGCUGUUCUGGAGGAAUGUGCGCGCUCUGCUUCACAGCCUCAGCUCAUCAGGACUCUGCUGCAGCAUGAAGUAUGCCUUGGACACCUCGGCUCAUCAUCUCUUUUGUCCUCCACUGGAGAUGCGAUCCUGUCCUCCCUUUCCCUUCCUCUUUCGGGUAAAGUACUUCAAACCAUCCAAUCAGAAUCCACUUCCGCAUCCAACAAAAUCACUACUCCUGCCUCAUCAACCCCCAGGACCACUCGCAGAACGGCAAAACAAGCACAGUCGCAGGUCACACCAGUGAUUGGCUCCAUUUCAUGCAUCAACCUCCAAAUAAACAAGGAGAAAGUGGCACCCGAUUCAGCCAAAUCAGCUUCAGAGAUGUCGAGAAACACCAGAACCAAUCUAAGAUCACAUUCGAAAAAACUUCUAGAACAAGAAGAGGAGCAUUACGUUGGUAAUCUGUUGUUCACCGUGAUCACCCAAUCAUCCGGCAGUGAAGUAGAGGAGGAGGAGGAGGAAGAGGGUGGCAAAGAUGACACCAGCAAUUUUGAUGAAAGCAGUGAGAGAUCAUUUAAACUACCCCAACAAACUGAAGUCAAACAGAAGACUGGAUCAGGAGUGUCAGGGAUUACAAGGAAAUGUUCAGCUAAGACGAACGCAGAGGCCAUUGGGUCACAAGAUGGAGAAAUAAGUGAUAUCCUCAUUUCCUGCAUGAAGCGCAAUUUGAGAGUUGUCGUUCCCAGAUUAAACAUCAGCAAUAGUGCUCUUCCUGUCCGGCUGAAUCGUCUGGCUGAAGAGAAGGACGGCACGAGUUCUUCAGGUCAGUCUAAUUCAAAAGACAGAGUGGGGAAUAGAGACUCUGUGCAGCGCAAGAGAAGAUUUCCUGAUUCGAGUCCAACGCCGGAGAAGCUCCUGACUUUAUCGGUCAAUAAACUAACUCCUGCAUGCUCUCCAUGUAUUCCACUUCUUAAGCAUCUUCCAGUCGGAACUCCGGAAACGCCAUCCCCUUUGAUUAAAUCAUCAGAUGACAUGAUAGGCGACUCUGAUGAUGAGAGAGCAGGCACUGUGAAGAGAAAGGUAUUCAAUCAGCAGUACUGUAAAACGAAGAACGGUACGUAUGUGCCCACUCUUCAGGAGUUCUGGAAUCCUGUGUUUUGUCCCUCUUCGUCUCCUGGAAGCAGACAUUAAUGCGGUUCCAUCAUACUUGAUUUAAGACUUUGAUGCUUUAGUUUUUUCUGUAAUAUACACACAUUCUUAUAAUUGAGUUUUGUAUUUUAAUGAGAGACUGAAGGCCCUUUCCAAUGUAGAAUGUAAUUAAAGGGAAUUUGACUUCUUUUAGAAAAGUAUUAAUGAUUGUAAUGCAUUAUUUUAUUUUAAACGUAAGUAUCUGUGUCGUGUAGAAUUAUGUUAUUGUUUGUAAUGGAAAAAAA